AAGUCUUCGUUCCCCUAUAUAUUGACCCCCCAUAAACGCACUUUCCUACUAUUGCAUUCCUCUACUAUCCGUACAACCCCUUUCCUUGCUCUUCAACUCCUCUCAAACACCCCCCAAUUUUACAUCUCUCUCAUGGAUAUCCCAUCUCUCUCAUCAGCUUCUGUAAUCAUAAUAGGCGCCGGCAUCUCAGGAUUAGGUGCGGCGAAAGUGCUUUCGGAAAAAGGUAUCAAAGAUUUUGUUAUUCUUGAAGCGUCGGAUCGAAUCGGUGGCCGAAUUCAUAAAGAAGAUUUCUGCAGUCUCAAAGUUGAAACUGGCGCUGGUUGGAUACAGGGAGUGGGAGGCAAAGAGUUGAAUCCCGUUUGGGAACUCGCCCAAAAACUUGGCCUGAGAACUUGCUUUUCCGAUUAUAGUAAUGCAAGAUUCAAUAUUUACGACCAAAGCGGUAACGUUUUCCCGAGGAGCUUGGCGUCUGAAGCUUAUGAGAGAGCCGUACAUCUGGCAAAUGAACGGCUGAGAUGCGAAGAGGCCGAAGUCGGGCAAUGCGCGACUGAAGAAGCUCCACUUGCUCCCUCGACGCCGAUGGAGCUUGCGAUUGAUUAUAUCCUCCACGAUUUCGAGAUGGCAGAAGUGGAACCCAUUGCCACAUAUACGGAAUUUGGAGAGAGAGAGGUAUUGGUGGCUGAUGCCCGAGGGUACGACCAUCUCCUGUACAAGAUGGCCCAGUCUUUCCUCACCACCAGAGAAGGCCACAUUCUUGAUCCUCGCUUGAAACUCAAUAAGGUGGUCCGAGAAAUGGAGUACGGAAGGCAGGGCGUGAGCGUGAGAACGGAGGAUGGGUACAUUUACAGGGGGCGAUACGCAAUCCUGACCGUCAGUCUCGGUGUCCUCCAAAGCGAUCUCAUCACGUUCCGUCCCCCCUUACCUAAAUGGAAGCAAGAUGCUAUAUCAAAAUGUGAGAUAAUCAUCUACACAAAGAUCUUCCUCAAGUUUCCCUUCAAGUUUUGGCCUUGUGGACCAGGCACCGAGUUCUUCCUUUUUGCCCACUCCAAACGAGGGUAUUACACGUUUUGGCAGCACAUGGAGAACGCAUACCCAGGGUCCAACAUGUUGGUGGUGACAGUGACCAACGAUGAGUCAAAGCGCAUAGAGAAUCAGAAUGAUGAAGAAACGUUAAUGGAGAUAAUGGAAGUCCUGAGAUCAAUGUUUGGGCCUAAAGUUCCAAUGGCCGAGUCCAUAUUGGUUCCAAGAUGGUGGAACAAUCGCUUCCAACGCGGCAGCUACAGCAACUAUCCCAUCCUCUCAUCUCCCAGUGAUUUCCGGGACAUCAAGGCACCAGUUGGCCCGAUUUUCUUUUCUGGUGAGCACACAAGUGAGAAGUUUAACGGCUAUGUUCACGGAGGUUACCUAUCUGGCACAGACACAGCCAAUAGCUUGCUUGAAACCAUGAAGACGAAGAGCAUGGCACUUGACUCUCAACGGGCAUCGCGUUCCUCUGAGGACAUGGCUUGGGGUGUAGCAAAACGCCAUGUUGUCCACCCUUGGUUGUUUAUAACCGACAACCUCGCCCUCAACCACUCUGCCUCUUCUUGUCUUCACAAGUGGGACUUUGCUCAACAACUCUUCCCAAGUGGGAAAUUGGCGGUUGAUGAAGCAAUCAAAUGAGCUAAAACCAAAGGGUCUAUGACUUUUCUCGCUAGAUUGACACCAUUGUUGCACAUGUGUGGCCCAAACCAUGUCCUGGUCAUAGUCAUUUUCGGCCAGCCAUAUGUGGCUUCUCCCUUGCUCUGUUAGGGGUGAUGGGUUCUUGGGUGGGUUCGGCUCCACUACUUUGCGGUGUGGUGGCGGUGGCGGCUAAAGGGCAUGUAAUUUUUUUGUCUCAGCUUCUCUUUAAUCUAUAAGCAACAUAUUCUUGCAAAUUUCAAAAACAAUACAGGUUUGUUAGAAAGGGAUGCCAUGCGUACGCACUGUGAUACGAGGAAUAGGGUC